AUGGAUAAAUCAAAGUUGCGCAAAAGAAAACCAAUUAAUUACUACGAGCCAAAUGAGCCUUCUUUCGAUGAAUACAUAUACUGCGAAAAUUGUUACGAUUUUGUUUUUGAGUACUGCGCGAUUCACGGUCCACUAUUGGUUAUACCCGACAACAAGGUAACAUCUAGAGCUGGAAUACCGCCAUGGGUGCCUCGUGCCGCUCUUACCACUCCAACGCCAUUUUUGCACAUAGCGCCAUCUGAAAUAAUCGGUGCCGGUCUCGGAGUGUUCAGUUCACUAACGUUGCCGCGCGGCGUGCGCUUCGGCCCUUACCUUGGGAAACGAACUGACGAUUUCAACUCUGUGUAUUGCUGGCAGAUCCGCAAAGAUGAUGGUUAUUCAGUCGUGGAUGGCAUAGACGGUGAGGCAUCCAACUGGAUGCGCUAUGUUAACUGCGCCAGGAGCUACCACGAGCAAAACCUGGUCGCGUUCCAAUAUCAAGGCCAGAUUUAUUAUAGGACGGUGAAAAUAAUACCGAAAUUCACAGAACUCCUGGUUUUCUACGGCAGCGAGUUUGCGCACGCGCUUGGAAUCGAUUUGAAAAAUUACAACAGUCCCCAGAAAAUUACCGUUGGUGUUGGCAAAUAUAUCAUUGAAGAACAUCCAAACCAAACAGAACCGAUUGAUGAUUCACAGACACUUUUCAAUACUGAAGUUUUGGAUAUAGUUGAAGAAGCACGUAAUGAUAAUAUAGACGACGAAAACGGAGAAUACGAAGAACAAAAAGGCACAGGAGAACAAAAUAAAGUAAACACAGUGACAGAUGUAAAUAUAAAAAAUGACAAACAAAAUAUUGAUAAAACACUUAAAAAAUCUAAAAUUUGUGACGUUUGUAAUAAAUAUUUCGAGCACGGUUUAAAAAGACACCGUCGUAUACAUGAAAAAGCUAAUUUAUUCUGUACGCAAUGUAAUUACAAAACUAAUUUCACGUACAGAUUUAAAAAUCAUAUGAACAAUCAUACGAAAGAUGAGACAUAUAACUGUGAUAAAUGUAAUUACAUUGGUUACAAUAAAAAGUAUCUCCGCAAACAUUAUAAGACUGUUCACAAAACAGCUUUGUCUCCUUUUGACAUUUUAAAUAGAUAUAAUAAAAAAUCUGUAGGAGAAUCGUUUUCCUACAACUGUUUGAAAUGUGAUUUCAAAACCAAUUCUGAAAAUCAAUUUUUCGCCCAUUUGGAUAUGCACAAAAACAAAUUAUACAAAUGUGAUACGUGUAGUUAUACUAGUAACGUAAGAAACAAUUUUGUAGGUCAUAUAAAAAUACAUAGCAAAAAUGAACCUACUAGCAAAUUGGCAAAGCUGUUAUAUCGAUGUGAUUUAUGCGAUUAUGGCAGUACUGUAAGGAAGAAUUUUAUUGCUCAUACAAAAGUACACUUAAAAAAGGAAAAGAAUGAGAAUGCUGCAACUAGCCAAUUAAAUGAACAUAUAUACCGAUGUGAUUUAUGUAGUUAUAAUAGUACUAUUAGGAGGUAUCUUAAUAACCAUAUAAGGAGAGUACAUAAUAAAAAAAAAUAAUAUGUAGUUUAAUAGCUAUUUAAAAACAUAUUUACAGUACUUACCUAAUAAAAUAAUUCUACUAGUAUUAACUACGAGUAUUAACGAAGUUAUGGGUGAGAUUUUAACGUAUUAUACGACAAAUAAUAUUUACUAAGUAACAAAUUGUUUUUGAAAUUGUCGUCAAACACAACAAUUGAAAAUGUAUGUAAGCAGACGGAAUAAAAAAUUAAAUAAACUGUCAAAUUUUGAAAAUGGUCCGUCAGAAAAAAAAAGUAUGAUUAUGUUGAUUUGUAAUAUUUCUUAAUAGUAAACUUAAACAUUUAUAAGUUUAAAUCUAUAUCAUUAAUUCUAGUCUCUUUAUGAAGAGUAGAAAAUAAAUAAAGCGCUGUGUUGAAUUGAACGCAUAAUCAAAUGUUGUUCUAUAAAAUUGUUUUUCACUCUCUGUAGACAAGACUGUAUUAGAAGAGCUUUUUGUUUUGAAUUAAUUUGUUAUUUAAAUAAAUAUCAUUCAGUUUCACAAGAAAUGAAGAAAGCUUGUUGUAAUCAUAAAAGCAUUUAAAUUACACGAUGAAUAUUACAUUCAUUUUAUUGGAUGAUGAAUAUAAAUUUACUUAUA